GCUUCAGGUGUGCAGCUCUUACUGCAGUCAGCAUUUUAGUUUAACAGCAUGAACGUCAGCGUAGCAUCACAGAUCUGUCGGCUGUGGUCAGGAGUACAACUGUAGUACAACUGUAGUACUGGGAGUAGUUUAGAAGUAUUGGUGAUGACAGACUGCAGGCUCAACUACAUCAAGCUGCUUGAAGAGGAAGUGAACAAAAACCCUGAUAAGCUGCUGGAUGUGGGGAAGGAGGAGGACCAGGAGGAGGCGCCUCCACCCAGCAGGACCUUCACGCCGCUCUGCUCCAUCCCCAGGAGGCUGGUGAUCUCCCCCAGCCUCGGAGGGACGCCGGUCACCCCCCAGCUGACUGAGAGCCUGAGGAGGAUUCUGUUUGGUGGAACAUUUCACGUCUUCAACUAUGAGUGGAGGAAAUCCUUCUUCCAGUUCAGAGAGCCCGACUCAGAGUUAUCCUACGCUCUGGAGACCGACAGGGGCGGGGCUUGGGCCAUUCAGAUGGUUGUCCAGGCUCGCAUCAUCAAACACCUGCUGUUCAUCCGGCCGAGUGUCUCAGACAGACGGACGCUGCACAGUCUGAGUGAUGUCGGACAGAGGGACCAGGAGAAAGCGUUAGCGGCGGCGCUAUCUGACAGCCUCUGGUUGGCUGGACAGGAAGCGAGUGCUACCGUUACCUUGGUAACUGAAGACUACUGCAUCACACCUCACCUGGACUAUAAGAUGGACAACUUCACAGAGAGGCUGCAACUGUUCACGUUCAGCAAGAAGGAGGACGUGAGAAAGUUCAUCCUCGAUCACAUCCAGUGUUUUACAGAGGAGGAAGGUCACGGCGUCAUCCUGUUCCUGUACAGCCUCAUCUGUUCCCGAACAGUCGACAGGCUGAAGGAGGAUCUGGACUCGACCACAUCUCACCUGCUCUACCUCAGUCUGGGCAACUUCGUCUGUCAUCAGGCAUUGCUGAACCUGCUGCUGACCGGCAAAGCAACUCCUCACGUCUUCAAUGGGACGCUGUACUUCGACGAGGACGGCCGACCUCUGGAGCACCCCCUGCAGGGCGUCCUGUCUCGCAGCGACGUUGGAUUCCUGCACUGGAGCCGAGAGCAGAUGGACAGAGGCAGACUGCCACAGGUGGGCAGCAUGCUGAAGACUCCCAGGUUUCCAGUGUGGAUCUGCUGCAUCAACAGCAGCUACUCGGUUCUGUUCAGCCUGAACCGCUCGCUGCUGUCCGACUGGAGGAUGGAGCAUCUCUUCCAGCUGUAUUACUACAACGGCCAGAACUCCCAGAGAGAAACCGCCAGGCUGACCGUCGAUACUCACUCUCACCACUGGGAGGCAUCGUCCAGACACUCGGAUGGAGAGCCGGAGAAAAAGUUUCCAUCACUGGAAAUGACCAUCAGGACCAAAUGGGCCGGAGCAGUGGUGGACUGGAACAACAUUUUACCUUUCUAUUGAGGUUCACCUGGAGCCUGGAUCUGGUGCUACAGCGCCCCCUGUCUGUUGGUAUGGACACAACUGAAAACAGCAUCUCUUCAUCUUCAGCAUCUGACUGACGAAGUGUCUUCAGUUGCUCAGGGUCGACACUUAUCUGGAUCAUCACUGAGGACUUCAUUGAUCUUUCAAUGACCAUCAUCAGCUGCAGCUUUCAGGAAUAAAGUGUCCAGAAACCAGAGCUUCCUUCCUUUAACUGUAAUAAACUGCAUCACACAUGUCAAUUAAAAACAAACAUAAAAUCAAACUGCUUGCAAUCUGUGUAGAUCACAAUGGAUCAUUCCAUCGAGAUCUAAAGCCUAAGAAUUAGACCAAUUAAUGGGAUGCCUUUUCCUUCAACUACCAAAGUAAUUUAUUAUCAGAACAACAUAUAAUAAUAUAUAGGCCUCUAUACAAACCAGUUUCUGUUUCCUACCAACGAGUCCGCACCAACAUUUUGUCCCAAAAAUCUAAAAACUGGAACCUUGUCUAGUCAAACGUUCCACAAAUCAGAUUCUACUGAUCAAAAAUAAAAAUCCUGUCCUCUGCUGGAGACAUUGAAACCAUUCUUUUCGUGUCUUCACCGAAUUCCACAAGGAAAGAACAAGAAAUGAUCAGAAUUGUCCUUUUUACUGAGUCCAAGUUGUUGUGUUUUCAGCUCCCAGACGUAAGUUAUUGAAAACUUGUCCUUUAGUUAUCAUCUUGUUUAGUUUAUUGUCUCACCUUGAAGCUCUUUGUACUUAGAGUCGUAAUAAAUCUGCUGUUCAGUAGCCAAAUCCGGGCUCUGAAGAGACUCCGGAGUCCACAAUCUGCUGCGAGUCCCUGAACACAACACCAAACAUCUAGAUAUUAAACCAUCUGUCCAGAUGUCAGACCAUUCAUCCAGAUGUCAGACCAUCCAUCCAGAUGUCAGACCAUCCAUCCAGAUGUCAAACCAUCCGUCCAGAUGUCAAACCAUCCGUCCAGAUGUCAAACCAUCCGUCUAGAUGUCAGAC